AUGACUCUCUGUCCUUCAUAUUUGUUCCUACAUUUUUUAUUCGUACAAAAUGUACGAGCGGGAUGGCCAUUGCAGAACUCUUCCGCAAUCCAAUUAUUGGGUCUUUUCCCGGAUGCAAAUAAUUCAACAGAAACGAGUGAAUUAUCCAUUCACUCACGUGCAAUGUUUCAAUCUGCGAUAUUACUCGCACAAAAAUAUAACAUAACGAUUAACGAUCAAUAUAUUUCAUGGCAAUCCGAACAAACAGGUGGAAAAGUUAUGAACGCUCUUCGUUAUACAUGUCAAGCCCUUUCUUCGUCUACAAUUGCUGGUAUUGUUGGUCCCGCAUCUUCCAACGAAGCUGAACAAAUCGCUAAUUUUGGUUCAACAAUUGGUUUACCUGUCAUAUCCUAUUCUGCCACAGAUUCUCAAUUAUCAAAUCGAAAUGCGUAUCCAACAUUUUAUCGUACAGUUCCAUCGGAUGAUACAACAGCUAUGGUUAUUGCUGAGCUAUUUCUGCAAUAUAAUUGGACGAAUUGCAUAGUCGUGUAUCAAAAUGAUCCAUUUGGAAUCGAUGGUGUUGAUCGUUUAAGCGCAGUAUUUGUCAGUCAUGGUUUACAAAUUGGCAGGUUAAUUGAAUUUGACAUUUCUACAAAUGAAAUUCAAGGUAAUCUGAAAGAUUAUCUAAUGAACAGUCCAACACGAAUCGUUCUGGUUUGGGCAGAUGAAUCUUCGACAUCUUAUAUUAUUCAAAUUGCUCUCAAUCACAAUGUUCUCGGUCCGAAAUUUCUUUGGAUUUUAACUUCAACUUUUCCUCUCACAUCUUUUCAUCAAAAUUCUUAUGAAAACUUAAUUGGAAUAAUCACAAUAGAACUCGUCACUGGAAAUAUUCUUGAUGAACUGAUUAAUUCAACGUUAUUAAAUUCAGCAUAUGACAUUUGGAAACAAAACGAACCGGAGACUUUCCCUCUGUCAAUGCAAAAAAUCAAUCCUCAUGCAUUAUUUGCCUUUGAUGCUACGUGGAUCCUGAUUGAAUCUUUACGAAAACUCUGUUCAAUGAUUGAACCUCCAUGUCUAAUAUUCAAUAAUUCGUCACUUUGUUUCGAUCGUUUGUUUCUUCAUUCGGAUCAGCUAUUAAAUACAAUUAAUUCCAUCGAAUUUCUUGGCGUUUCAGGUCUCAUUCGAUUUCAUGCAAACACCACUGAUCGAGUCAAUGGAUCGUAUUAUUACGUACAAAAUCUUCAAUUAAUCUCAAAUAACCUCAAUUUUAUUCCUGUUUUACAAUAUUCUGACAAUUGGCAAAGAUAUUCCGAAGCAAAUGUUAUCCGUUGGCCAGGAAAUUCGUUACAACCUCCUACCGGCCAAGCUUCACUCGAAGGUAUUACUUUACGCAUUGGUGUUAUUGAAGCACCCGUAUUUACAAUAGUUAAUGAUCGGACAACAAUGAAUUUAACUGGAUACGUAAUUGAUUUAAUCGAACUUUUACGAACUGAAAUGAAUUUUAUUGCCGAUAUUCAAUUAGCGUCAGUGAAUCAAACAUAUUCGGGAUUAAUUCAAGCCGUUGCCAAUGGAGUUUAUGAUAUCGUUGUUGGUGAUGUGACAGUGAGUUCAGGACGAAGGAAAAUUGUCGAUUUCUCUAAUUCAAUAUUUGAUAAUUCUCUUCGAUUGAUGGUUCGAAAGGUGUACACAAAUGCACCUGAUCCAUUAGCAUUUUUAAAACCAUUUUCAUUCAAUCUAUGGAUCACAUUUUUGUUUGUUUGGAUCUUUGCAAGUCUUUUGUUUUGUUUCGUUGAACGAGAAACCAACGAUAUGUUACAAAACCGAUCGUUCUUAUCGCAAGUAGCAAUGAGUUUAUGGUACACUAUUGGUCAUUGUAUUGGACAUGGAGUUGAUUUUCAUGUCAGUACUCCAUCUGGACGUUUGUUAACUGUUGGUUUGUAUAUGUUAAGUUUAGUAUUAAUUGCAUCAUAUACAGCGAAUUUAGCAUCGGAUUUAACAAUAAUGAAAAGUCAAAGUGUUCUGUCAGGAAUUGAUGAUCUGAAAAAUGGAAAAAUUCCAGCGAAUCGUAUCGGAAUUCGUGUUGGUACAGCUGCGGUUGAUUAUUAUUUAAAAGAAAUCUCCAAUGGCAAUGCGAAUUACUAUCCACUGUAUUCAUUACAACAAGGAUAUGACGAUUUAUUAGCGAAUACGAUCGAUGUGCUGUUUACAGAUAUUGGAGUUGGAGAAUAUAUAACAGAUAAUAUUUACUGUAAUUUAACUUUGGUUGGAAAUGAAUUCGAUACAGGUACUUUUGGAAUUGUUUUAGCAAAAGAUUGGAUUUAUACAGAACAAUUCGAUGUGACGAUUUUAUCUUUGGGAGAAACGGGUUUGUUGGAUAAUCUGAAAAUGAAAUGGUUUCAAACUUCAAUUUGUCCUGAUACGACAGAUACACCAACUACAAUUGAAGUUCAAUCAGUAAGUGGAUUAUUUGCUGCUUUUGCUGUUGUGGUCGUUCUAUCGUUAAUCUUAUUUGCAUGGAGAAAACGACAUGUUUUGAAAAAUUGUUCAAAUUUAUCAAAUCAAUUCGUAUUCCGAAAAAGAACCUAUGAUCUAAAUCAAUCGAAUUCAUCAUCCAAUCAUCAGCAAAAUCAAAAUACAUUGGCAUUGUCCGCUAUGUAG